AUGGAGGGGCCUCCGAAGAAUGUACCAGUCACUGGGGGUUUGGAGCAGGCAGGGACAGCGCCCAAAAGACACCUUGGUCCAGCGCAGCAGGGCUCACCCCCCAGCAGCACCGCCGGGGCCCUGACGCUGAAACAGCUCCUGGAGCGCAGGCUGGAGGCUGUGGAGGACCUUGCUGCCAUCUACACGGAGCAGCUCUGGGACACAUUGGAUGAGCUGGGGCAUGCGGCGGCCGGUCUGGGGGGGAGGGGCGGUGACGCUUCUACGGCGCCUGGCUCAGGGGAAAUCACUCUCCCUGGGACGGGCCACGCAGGGGUGGCCGACCACGCCUCGGCAGCGGCACCCGUUGCCCCGCAGCCUGGGCCGCCGGGCGCCGAUGCCCUGCACCCGAGCGUGCGGGAGUGGCUGCGUCGCCGAGCCCUGGGCGCCGACGGUGCCCAGCUGGCGGCCUGUCCCCCGCCCCCCCUUUUCGAGGUGGCGGAGGAGGCGCUGCUCGCGGGCGUGGUGCCGAGCCGGGCGCCAGCAUUCACUGGCGCCGAGGCCCAGGCCGGCCCGCGCCGCGCUUUCCACGACCAGCUGGCGCACGUGAGCGCGCUGGAGCGACUUGCCGCCGCAUCGCUCUCGCGCUGGUUGGACGGUGGCGCGGACGGCGCGCUGGCCGUGCUGGCCGACGCUGCCGGGCCCAAGGAAACCGCGUCGCCGACGCUGCCGCUGGACGUCGACCUAAGUCUGGAGGCGGGGCCGACGGCCGCCAACCGUGUGUCCCGGCGCCAGGCCCUCCUCUGGGUGCCCACGGAGACGGAGGGCGCGGGGGGCGCCAGGACGAAGGGACCCGUCUCACUCGCGUUGCGCUGCAUCGGCCGCCGGCCGAUGCGCGUGAACGGGGGCGCCGUGCCACCGGGGACAAGCGUGCUCGUGCCCCACGCCUCCCUGGUGCAGUUGACCUGUUGA